UGCCACACACGCUAUUCUUCAGGCCUGCCUUGCAUUCCCACUGUGCAAGCACACAAGCACAAGCCCUAUGAAUGCACGCUCCCCUUGACAUCAUCGUGCCGCCCAGCCAAGCCCGUCUUGUCCAUCCUCGCCAUUGCCAUUACCAUUGCCAUUACCAUUGCCAUGCCUCCUCCACGGCCAUGGUUCACCCAGUCCGAAAACAAAUAAGACGCACUUCCCUCUCUGUGUUCGUCUGUCGCCCUCUAUCUGUCUCUCUCUCAAACAAGAACAAGAAUAUAACAAACCCCAACCCUGGCGAGAAUCAAUCGCAGACGUCUCAUCCCUUGCUCAUCGGCCGAAUUCUGUCAUGGUUUCCUCACCUGUUUAUUUUUUUUCUUUCUUCGCCGUGCUCUCGUCUGUUCUCUGUCUCGCCUUUGUCCGUGUUCCCUCUACGAACCGAGCGCCGCCGUCCGCCCCUCGUACGCACUUGCUUAGUACACAUACUACUAAAAUACCUCUCUCACUUCACUUCAUGGCCCCUGCACCUGCACUCGCAAACCACGCUCGCAAAGGGGAUACGCAUACUCCAUUUCGAAACUACUAGCUUACAUCCUCAUCCCCAAAAGGUUGCUGGUUCAACGCGGCAAACGAAGAAAAAAAGAACAAGGAAAGAAAAAAUGACAGACAUCAUCCCGAGUAAAAAAGCCUCUGACUUGCCCAAAGGACAAAGUAGUCCACACGAGUCCACAAAUGCUUCAAUAGCCUGAACAAGCCCAAUCAAAGGCCACUGAUAGCUUCCCACCAUCCAGCCCGCCUUAGACAAUCCAGACUAUCCUAGCCACAGAGACCCUUUUGUAGAACAUGCAACAACCAUAAAACGUAUCCAGGCCGUUAGUCAUGCCCCUUGUGCUUUUUUCUCCUGAUAUCAUGUUUCUUGUCCGCAUCUCUGUUAGCCUACCAUCGCGCACCUUUUUUUCUUGCCCUGCUACAACCUCCAGCUCUUCUUGUCGCCGGCAAGUCCAAAAAGGCAGAGUCGUCAAAGGUCGCAUCGUCCGCCACGGAGCGUCGAUCGCAGUCUCCCUUUGCAUCGCGCGCAACGGUACUCGAAUCACAAAGAAUGAAGGACAGGACUGUGUACAAAUCGUCAAAGGCCGUCGGAAAGCCAAAGAGUGGGUAACGAAAUCGAGAUCGAGUAUAUGUUUCGCGUCGUGAGGCAUCGGACUCGGGGGGCUGACCACUGCCAUCAUCUAACGGCGCCCAAACCUG